UCGGGUUGGGUUGAAUCCAUUUUCACCUAUACAAUAUUGUCCUAUCCUUUGAAAAAAAAAAAAUCUUGUCUUGACAUAUGACACCACCCUAGCUUGUUACUCUACGACUCAGAGUCUAAAUCUGCAUUAUAUUGAAGGACUCGGUUAACAGUUCCCAGGGACUUGACAAUGGAAUCGCACCUUCUAGUGGGACCCAUCUCCGCCGCACGCUAUGGUUGCGCCGCCAAUUCCAGCCACUUUCACUCCGCCGCAUCCUCCACCUGGGCCAACUCUCCUCGCCGGCGGUCUCCACUCGUCAUGGCCUCCUCGUCGUCUGCCGCCGUCAACGGCGGCCAGAACUACUACGCCGUUCUCGGUGUCGCCCGCACUGCCACCACCGUCCAAAUCAAACGCGCUUAUCGCCUCCUCGCCCGCAAGUAUCAUCCUGAUGUUAGCAAGGAUCCACACGCUGCUGAAUUAUUCAAGAGCAUCCAUCAUGCAUAUGAAGUCCUAUCUAAUGAAGCAACGAGAGUUCAGUAUGAUCAAGAACUUCAAUUUGGUCACAAGCCUUACAGGGAAAAAUGGAGUUACAGCACUGAAUUUGAAGAUCAGGCAAGAUUCUAUAGGUGGGACCGCAUGAGGAAAAAAAUGGAUAGGGAAAGAUACUGGGAGAAUUACAAUGUCAAUGAGGACUACUACACCAGUGAAACAGAUGAGGAAGAAGAUGAAGUAGUAGAUUUAGAUGAAGAGAGGGGUUCUUUUGUUGAAGUGCUUAGAUCAGCAUUCAUGUCAUUAUUUUUGCUUCAGACGCUUGGAUCCCGUUUCUCACUCACAUUCAGCAGUCUGAUGGCAUUGUUUGAUAAGAAAUUAGACACCGGCUAUAAAAUGGGCUAUGUAAUAGCAUGGAUUUUGGGUGGGAGGGGUGGCAUAUUGCUAACACUAUGCUUGUCAUUUGCAAGUUGGGUUUGCGGGAAAACCAGUAGUAGUGUUGUCGCACUAGUUGUGGUGGCCUUGUGGGUUGGCUCAUACCUUGCAAGGUAUGCACCACUUCCCCAAGGUGCUCUAUUAGCUCUUCUCUACAUGUCCAUUAAGCUACAGUCUGACCUAAUAUAAAGACAUUCUCGCAUUGCAACUAGCAUUUCUCUGAAUCUGUAGUUCUGACUAUAUUCUUUUUAUGGUGUUUGUACAUUAUAAUAUACUCUGGUAAAUGUAAAUAACUGUUAUUUUUUUAUUAUAACUAAAGUACAUAAACGGUUGAUGACUUGUAA